GACGCCUCUCUCUCUCCUCCGUUCCCACUGCCCGCCCGCCCCCCCAACGUCUCUCUCUGAGCCCAAGAAACUUGAAGGCCGGAAACAAUGGCGGAGAUGGGGGAAGAAAGCCUCCGCGACCCGGCGACCCGGCGACCCAGAGAAGAAAGAAGAGGAGCAGUGAUGGGAGGAAAGAACUCUAAGCCUCCUCCAAGGCCCAAGAUCGAUCAAGAUAUCUCUGGGGCGAAGGAGGGAAAAAAGUUGGGCAAGAAGCACAAGGUGAAGUGGAUGAAGAGGCCAAUGACGAUGCCCCAGGUCAUCGUCGUGUUCGUCGAGAUCUUAGGGAAAACGCCAUCAGAUACCUAAGCAACUGCCUCGUCGAGAAAAAGGGAGGAAGAUCCAGAUAAUUACCACCGGGCUGGUUUUUUGGUGUUCAAUUCCUAUGCUACAAUGUCUGGAUUGUUGCAGGAGAUUGUGGGGUUUUACGUGAAGAUGGUAAAUGAAACUCUCAAUGUGAGAUCCAUUAAACGUCUUGCUAAUGUUCUCCCACUUUUUCAGUUCGCCUAAUCCUGGAUUUAGCAAAGAAAGAAUUGCCACUGUGUGGGUCAGGGGUCUGGGAAUCAGAUGGGGUAGACAGUGGAGUUAUAGUUCAAAAGGCAUUCAGUACUUUGUCAUUAACUGCAGAUCUGCAAGGGUCAAAGAAUCUCUGUCCACUAAUGCUGCCACAUUGAUAAGAGAACCAUACCACUAUUUUGAUCAGGUUGUCAUCACUGUACGUUCUGGAGAUGGAGGCCAUGGUGCUGUUCUCAGCUUGCCAAACCUUAGAAAUACCACUAUUUUUGCUAUGUUCUAUUGUUUUGGAUGGCCUAAAGGUAAAAUAAUUCUAGUAUGUGCUAAAGCGGCAAGCAGAUUAAGCCUGAUAGUCAAUACACAAUAUUUCCAUUUUACCAUAGUGCUUAAUCAACUUUUAUUCCCUUAUUCACUGUUAUACGUGUCAUGCCCUUUUUUUUCACAGAUUAGCUUGUUUGAGAUGCCGGAACAUAGAAGGAAAAGGUUGAUGGCACUAUCUAGUAAUGUGAUGAGGGAUGAAAGUGACAAGGUUCUAGUUCUUGGUCAGCCUGGGGAGGAGGUUAGCUUGGAACUCAUCUUAAGAGUGGUUGCUGAUGCUGGUCUUGUGGGGUAUGGACUCCCGAAUGCUGGAAAGUCAACUCUUUUGGCAGCUAUCACGCUUGCAAAACCAGAUAUUGCUGACUACCCUCUCACAACUUUAAUGCCAAGCCUUGGUCGCCUUGAUGGAGACCCUACUUUAGAAGCACCUAAGUAUUCCUCAGGAGCAACAUUAGCUGAUUUGCCUGGUCUGAUCGAAGGUGCUCAUUUAGGCAAGGGGCUUGGUCGGAAUUUCUUGAGACACCUAAGGCGAACUCGGCUUCUUGUUCAUGUUGUUGAUGCUACUGCAGAGAACCCCAUAAAUGAUUAUAGAACUGUCAGGGAGUGGACCUUCCUGCAAGAAUUACGAAUGUACAACCCAGACUAUCUUCAACGACCAUAUAUGGUAGUGUUAAACAAGAUUGACCUUCCAGAGGUGCAUUCUAGUUCCAUGCUCCAAUAAAAUUCAUGCACUUAUACAAAGCUAUAUCCAUGUUGUUGACCCAAGGUUUGAUUUUGAUGAUCACAAAACUAUAAAUAAUAUUUACUAUUGAUUGUGUCU